UCUAAAAGUUUAAAGAAAAAGCAUUCUGCAUCAGUUUAGCUUCCAUAAUUACUUCUACACCUUUAUGAACAGUGAAAUCUCUUUUGCCUCAGUUCAUCCUCCUACUUCUAUGAUCAUUGCGGCCAACCUCUUUCUUUAUUAUUCAUGUGCUUUGCACUCUUGUUUUACUGUUCAAGACAAUACUAAUCUAUGAAACUUUAGAGUUUAGUAAUUCCCUUUUAGAUUCUCUAUCCCUUUCUCAAAUUAUCUUCUGCAAGUGGUCUUGUGAUCACUUUUCUAAUAACAAAAAUCUUCUUCUCUUAGCAUUUUUUUUUUCUGUAAAAGUGCCUUUACCUUUUCUGAGUUAGCUUUGUGAGAUCAAUUAUGGCUGUUUUCUUUCUUGUACUAUUUACUUGAUAUUAUUAAUUCUGAUCACGCUUUUUCUUUGUUGUGAUCCUCUGAUCCUUAUCUUAUUUAAUUAGUUCCAGGCCUUAAUUUUCUAUCAGUUUCUUGUGUUGUCUUCAUGUCUAUGCUUUAAUGCUUUUCUUAAUUUCCCACAUGUUGAUAUUUUGUCACCCUUUAUGCUCACUCAACUAGUUGUCCAAUCUCAUAUUUUUCAUUUAAGCUUUCUUCUUCUGAAUCCAUUUUUUAUAUUCCUCACGCUAGUCCAGCUUCUUGUUUUGGAAAAUUUCUUUGUUUCCCUUUCACCUUUGCAGUAUUACUACUGAGUUGAUUUAGUUUGGUUUGUUCUUCUGGUGUUAAGUGUGUUUAGUAAUUUAGUUGUUGUUGUUACUUGUUAACUGUUUCAAACUUGUCCAGAAUGCCUCCUACAAAUUUUCCUCUUCGUUGGGAGAGCACUGGGGACCAGUGGUGGUAUGCAUCACCUAUAGAUUAUGCUGCUGCUAAUGGCCACUAUGACUUAGUUCGUGAGCUGCUCCGAAUUGACAGCAAUCACCUCUUCAAACUCACUUCCCUGCGCCGAAUCCGGCGUCUCGAAGUUGUGUGGGAUGAUGAAGAGCAGUUCAACGAUGUCGCCAUGUUUCGCUGUCAAGUGGCAAAGAAGCUUCUUGAAGAGUGUGAAUCAAAGAGAGGGAAGAAUUCUCUCAUCAAAGGCUAUGGUGGAUGGCUGAUGUACACUGCUGCCUCAGCUGGGGACUUGGGAUUUGUGCAAGUUCUUCUUGAGAGGAACCCUUUGUUGGUUUUUGGUGAAGGAGAGUAUGGUGUUACUGAUAUACUUUAUGCUGCUGCAAGGAGCAAGAAUUGUGAGGUUUUCAGGGUGCUGUUUGAUUUUGCUGUUUCACCAAGGUUUAUAACCGGAAAAGAUGGGAUUUUGGACGAGCAUGUCGGGGACAUUCCUUCUGUAUACAGGUGGGAGAUGACUAAUAGGGCUGCUCAUGCUGCUGCUAGAGGUGGGAAUCUGAAGAUUUUGCAGGAGCUUCUUGCCAACUUUUCUGAUAUUUUGGCCUAUAGAGAUGCUGAGGGGUCAACUGUCUUGCAUGCAGCUGCAGGCAGAGGGCAGGUUGAGGUAGUUAAAUUUCUUAUAUCAUCCUUUGACAUGAUCAAUUCCACAGAUCACAAGGGCAACACUGCCUUACAUGUGGCUGCUUCCAGGGGCCAACUAUCUGCAGCUGAAGCUCUAGUCUCUUCAUUUUCAACACUAAUAUCUCUGAGAAACAAUGCUGGAGAAACUUUUCUUCACAAAGCAGUGUCUGGUUUUCAGACACCUGCAUUCCAAAGACUCGACCGGCAAGUUGAGCUGUUGAGGAAGUUGCUAAGUGGGAAGCACUUUCAUGUAGAGGAUAUAAUUAAUGUCAAGAACAAUGAUGGAAGAACUGUACUUCACAUGGCCAUCAUAGGAAACAUUCACACUGAUCUUGUGCAACUGUUGAUGACUGCUCCAUUAAUCAAUGUGAAUAUCUGUGAUGUUGAUGGCAUGACCGCGCUUGAUUACCUUAAACAACGCCCAAAAUCUACAUCAUCGGAUAUACUGAUUAAGAAGCUGAUCUCAGCUGGGGGAAUGUUUGGUUUUCAAGGCUAUAAUUCAAGAAAAGCCAUAGCUUCACACUUGAGAAUGCAAAGCAUUGGCAGCAGUCCCGGGACAUCAUUUGGAAUCUCAGACACUGAAAUAUUUCUGCACACCGGCAUUGAGAAUGUAUCAGAUGUUAGUGCUGAAUAUAAUGGAAGUGCAGCAAUGAGUUCAUCUUCACCAGAACACAUUCCAUGUGACCCUGUCUCAGCCACUAGCAAAAGGCCAAGUUCUGUGAAUUAUGCAGCAGCAAAGUUGAAAAGGGUCCUUCUGUGGCCUAGAGUGAAGGACAAGAAAGCUGUUGACGAGGGUUCAGUGAAUAACAUCUAUGAUGAAACUCCAGCCCCACUUAGACAAAGAUUUUCUAGGCCAUCUUCAAUUCCUAACAACAAAAGAACUCUCUCUGUCAGAAGUCACCAGUCAAGUCCAAAUGCCAAGAAGAGAUUUGCUUCACUAGUGCAUGGAGUUAUGCAAUCCUUGCCACAAGCUAAGGUUUCUGUUUCGGGCCGAUCUAGGUCUAGUUCCUUUUCGAAGUCAUCAAUUUCUUCACCUAGUUCAAUAGAUAAGCAAAAGGGUAUUUGUAUUGACAAUGACUUAGCCGGGCCAUCUUGCUCAAGUGAACUACCUGAGGAUGAAUCACCACAUUUGGGAAAGAGAACUUCUUUUAGUAAGAAGUUGAGGGGACAUUAUUUAUGUUUUGGUGCACCUGGCCUUAAUGUCAAAAGUUCAGUUCACAAGGCUAAUGUUGUUGCAGUGGCUUAAUUGGAUGGGUUUAGCUAGUUUUUGAUAAAUAAGAAACUACACUGCUAAUUAAGAGUUGCUAUGGGGUUCCUAAGUCUUAAGUUUAUAGAUUUUACUUUGUUACUUGAGGUUAGCUCAUCCUCAGGUUCACUUGUCAGCAGAAAAGCUACUAUGUUAAAAUAUGUUUCUUAUCUUAUUUGGCAUCCAAUAAGCGUAUUUUAGUUCCUAA